UGCGUGGGAAGCGGCGAAAGAGCAACGUCGUGUGCUCCAUAUAGUUCGAAAUAACGGUUUAACGAAUCGGGCUAAAACGGUCUUGUUUCGCGUUUCGUCGAAAUAACCCUUGCCGAAGAGCACCUGUAGCUCGUACGCGACUACAUUUCGACGACAAUGGCGAGGUAAAAUUCGACAAAUCGACAGCGAGGCAUGUCAACGGUAAGCUGAUUAAUUAAGGACGCUCAGUAUCGUCAAUGUGUAAUCGUAAAGGACACCACUCGCCAGAACUCUCAGAAGGCGAUGCUUGAAACUGGCAGGAGAUCCGCCAUAAGUACGUCCGAGCUAGGGCUUUAUUCUGAUCGCGUUGAUCGAUAUAACAGGAGUCGCUACGGUUUAAUUGUGAGAAAACUUGCGAUCGGAGUUAUGGUGGUGGUAACGGUGAUAUUGGUGGCGAUAUUUAUGUACGAUUUUACGUCCGCCACGUCGGGGAACAGUAAAAUCAAUCAGGAGACGAAACACAUAUACAUACUCCAGAAUGCUCUCAAGAAAUUACCGAAUCCCUCGAAAAAGAACACCACGAUCCUGUAUGAAACGAUUAAUCGUGCGGAUAAUCUUUCCAUGGAGGAUCGUUCGGACGAUGAGAACUACGAUGGUCUCAUACAACGAAACGCAACGGGCGAUACAAUGCCGGCCGAGACACGCGUCGCGAAAGCGAGCGAGCCCGAGAUGAGAGCGCAGAAUCUGCACAAUUUCAAGCAGCGGAAGAGAGUGCUGAAAUCCGUGGAAGACGCCGAUGAAAACGAGGGACCCGAGGCCAAGCAAUUGUUCGACAAUCAUGCGAUCGUUUAUCGUGUGAGACAGAGGCACAAACAUCCGGACUCGGACGAGGUCGCGAGCACGGAGGAGGCGCGGCCUACGCCGUUUCACUGGGAAUUCAAGACGCCGCAUCCGACGUCGUUCAAACGGCCGAGGUAUCCGCAGCUGACGCAAUACCGUUACCCGCACUCGUCCAGGAGUAUCCAGGACAUCAUCAAGUACCUGACGAGCAACGCCGAGAUGGCGAAUCGCGGCAUCAAGUUCACCGGCGUCUACGUCAAUCCGAAGAAGUACGACCUGAUCCCGGAUAUGGGAAUGGGGGAGAUGAUGUCCGGCAGCGAUAAAUCCGAGGAGCACGAGGCGCCUCCGUAUCCUCCGAUGAAAUCGGGGACGUACAGUAACGAUCCCUUUUACCAAUAUAAACCGAAACACCCGGCGGAUGUUAAUCUCUUAGCCACAUCUAACGUGAGAUUCUCUCCGACCGGAGUACAUCGUUACAGUCCUUAUUACGAUCCCAUAUAUUCCCGACCUUUAGUUAAUUACAACAAACCAAUGGUAACGGAACCGCAGUACGAAAAUGUCGUCGGCUCCUACUCGACGAACACCUUAACGAAGCACCGGAAACCAAAGCCAUUUAGUGUGAUGCUCGACAUCUAUCCCAUUACCGACAUCAUGGAGCAGAAUAAGAAGACGACGUGGACCAGGCCGCAAGGAUCGACGGACGAAUACGAUUUCAGAAGGCCCGUCCAAUUUCGCGGACCGAAAUUUUAUCCAUCCCCGCAACCUAUACCCCUCAUGGCUAUACCUAGUCCUACGCCUAUAUCGGAAGAAGAGGAGAGACAGCAAAUGAUACUUCAUCUAAAUCUGUAUCCUCGAAAGAAGAAUAAGUUCAACAGGAACGAUAUCAUACACAGAUCGGAAUCGAUGGAACCCGAGGAGCGGCAGGAAUUUGCGAAUAAGAUAAUGUCUCCCUUGGAAUCGAUCACCAAACACCUGACCGAUCAUUCCGCGAUCGAGGAGUCGAAGCUCGCGGAUAAUCAGAACACAGAGACAACCAGUCUUCCGAUAACGCGGUAUCACGAGAUGAGUCUGGACGAAAAGAACGAGAAAGAGGGAGAUCUCGUACUGGAUAACAAUCCAGAAGCCUAUUCGGAUUUGUUUAACGACGACGAUACCGUACAAGAUCCUAUCGUGCAUUCCAAUCAUAAAUCAAAUAUCGGCGUGGAUUAUACCAGCACGCAGAAAUAUGAUAUUAAUGCACAGAAAAUGAUCGUGUCUACGGAAAAGGAUUGCGCAAAUUGCGACAACACAACGACGAUCGACAUUCCGAAGGCCAAUGCGAACGGAAGCAUCGUUCUUUCGAAGGAUAUCGAUACCGUCGAAGGAUCCCAGCGUUUCAGUCUGUUGCGCUAAAAUUGGAUUAUAAUUAUUAAAGAUGCGAUUAGAUUCGUGAGAAAAGAUUAUCAAAUAUCUCGUGAUAAUUCAAUGCACGAGAUAUUCUAGUGUUACAUAAACGAAAAAAAUUCACGCCACGCGCUCUAUCUCGCUUAAAAUCAUCGAAAGUAUGUCUAUGUAUAAUACAAUUGUUAUC